AUAGUAUGUUUGUAAGGUUCUGGCCCUUAAACGAAAAAGACCCGAUUGUCAGAAGGCCAGAUAACAAGUUGUUACAUCUAUUCAAGUUCAAGGUCAGCGUUAUCAAACCGAUAUUGGUUAGCAUGAUGGUUUAUUAUGCAACGUGCCUACUGCGGACAAUGUACUAUCUUGUACAAGUUAUAUAGUUAUUCCUGUCCAUGACCAAUCAUAUGUGUAAACUACAUUAUAAUUCAACCUCUUUGUUGUGUUGAGUGUUUCGAUGUGUGUGUUUGUUUAUUUAUUUGUUGUUAUUUGUGUCAUAUGUAAUUUUUCUUAUUUUCACAACAUGUUCGGUUUUAAUCACUUGAUAAUGGAACAGCAUUCCUAAAACUAGACAUCAUUGACAAAACAAGUUGGAUUAACGACUGAAAGGCUUGCUAAAUAAUGGAAGAAGUAAACUGGAAGGAACUUGCACUGGAGAGCCAGUUACAAUUUUAUGAAAUUCUUGGGUCAAGACCAUAUGAUGAGAUUGAAAAAUCCGAUUUGUUCUUAUUGAAAAAGAAAGUUGGCUUUGCUACAUGUGGAAGUCCGAGUGAACUUCCCAACUGUUCCAAUUAUAACACAGGCUAUAAUGAAGACCAAUUAGAUCAUAUAAAGUCUGUGUGUGACCAGAUAAUUAAAAAAAGCGAUCAUGACCCUAUCCGUUUUGCUUGUACAAAGUUGAUUCUUUAUCACAAAAGACAAGUGUGUGAUUCAUCUGUCUUUAGAAUUAUUCAAAAAUCUGGUAACAUUUUCAUAGAUGCACAUGCUAGAGUGUACGAAAAUUGGGAUCAUUUUAUGGAAAAAAAUGUUCUUCCAGAUUGUGAAUACUGCUAUCCUGUUAAUGGAGAGUACAAUUGCGAAAAUGAAUGGUUAAUAGGCUUUGCAUAUUCACCAGCAAAGAAAAUAGUUAGCAAAACUGCAAGUUGUUUAGACACAGUUGGAUCUGUUGCAUCUGUGGCUGCAGCUUCUGUAUUUGCAGCAAGUUUAUGUGUUUCUAUAGCACCAGUUGUUAUUACUGCAGCAGGAACCACGGCAGUAUGUACUGGUGUGUACAGUGUAUCAAGAAAUGUCUGCAAUCUUUAUGACCGCAAAAAACAUGAUCAAUCGAUUGCGUUGAGUGAUAAAGAAUCACGAUCGUCCUGGAUAUCUCUUGCAUCUUCUGCAGUUGGUGUUGUAACAUUUGGAGCUAUUACAAAGGCGAAAAGUGUUGUUGAGAGUGGGAAAUCUCUAACAAAAUUAAGCCUUUUUGGACUUGAAGCUUUAAAUGCAACCUCUGUGGUUUUCAGUGGAUAUGGUUUUGUAGAAAAUUUCAUUAUUUGUUCAAACAAAUAUAAAAAGGGAACUCUUACUAAAAAGGAUGUUUUCGAUCUAUCGUGUGAAUUACUGUUUCUCUUCAAUGCAAUUGCUUCUGCUAAAUCUACAAGACAAUUAUUAAAUAAUAUGUCUGCUGUGGCUACUGAAACUCCAGUGAAUCAGAAAAAACUGACAAAAACUCAAAAAAGAAAUCUGCAAAAAAGAGCUGCAAAGAGGAGAGCAAAAGGUCUAGUAAGUGUUAAACCUAACGAGUCUUCAACAGGAAUUAAAACAACCUUGCAGUUGUUACUUUUUGAAGCUGUAAAAUCAUAUAGCCCAAGAAUAGAAGAUAUUCUUUAUUUCUUCCAGUCUAUUGGACACGACAUUGCCUGUUGGAAAAGAAAUGAAAUGUCCAAUUUUGCAUUGUUUAAAAAUCUAUCCAGAAAAUUAGUACACUUAUACGAUGAAUAUAAGCAUGAAAUCGCUGAAGUGUUCAUGAAAGUGGUUAAAUAUACAUCUGUAACAUUGGACAAAGUUAAAAGGGACAUUCACAUUUGGUGUGAAAAAGCCUCUGAAGAAAUAAGAGCAAUAUUCUGUACCAAAGUAAUUAAUAUAGAAGAUCAGCUUGAAGUUUUAAUUAAUGAUGCAGAAAGUGACAUUAUUGCACUUCAGGACAGUUUGAAAAUAGAGUGCUCUAGCAGUGCACCCGAAACGAAUACAGAGGAAUAUGAUGAUAUGGAUGACACGAACUUGAGUCAAGAAACUCAAAAUCUGCUAUCUCGGUGUGGUGAUGUUUUAGAAUCUUCAUCUUGGUCAUGCAAAGAUCUUGAAGAAUUUGGAAAUUUAUUGGAUGCAGUGAAAUUCACGGUUGUUAAUGAAUUCAAGAACAAAGUUGCAACCUAUAAGAAAGCGUUAGAAGCGGCAAAAUUUGCUUCAGGAGAUGGUUUUGAUUUAAACAAAUAUAACUGUAUGCUAAACAUCAGUGAAUCUGUUGGACAGCACAUGUUUAAUGAGACUUUGAGAGAUUUAACAGAUGACAAGCUUAUAUACAAGCGCAAGGAUUUUCUGAGAAAAAUAGAAGCAAGGCCUACUCCAGUAUGGGAAGGAGUGCGUGAAGGAAUGUUCCUUUAUUUUGGGCCUCAUGGAUCUGGAGAUCUUUCAGAUUUUGAAUUAUUGUCAAUUGUGAGCAAAGUAGUUGAGAUCCCUCUUUGUAACGAAACUUGUAAUCUAUUGAAAAAUGAAAAUGUUGCAUUGAUUGAAAUUAAUGAUAAUCCAGACAUGAAGAUAGUUUGUUGUAGAAUGACUGAAGAAAAAUACUGCUUCUGUUGUGAUUAUGGUCAUAAAGUAAACUCUAGAACCUCCAUACAUUUUAAGUAUAUUUAUAUUAUCUAAUUUAAUAUCUGUUUUCUGUAUUUUUGUGUGCCUGUUGGCCCUUAUUUGGUUUAAGAUAACUCCAUAUCUAAUCUAAUCACCCCCAACAUUUUAAUGAAAUGUCACGCACCAUCUCUGAUUUGUAUGAAACUUUGCACAUUUGCUUAUAGUUAUGCCCUAAGAAACCUGUAAAAUGUGUUUUACUAGGAUUUAUAUUUUUUUAGUAGAAUUUUUAAAAUUUCAAUAUAAUGAUGAGUAGGUUCCACAGACUUGUUUGUGGAAAUGAGUAAUAAGAUCUUUUCCGUUAUACGUAUAUCACUAUUAAAAUAGAAUCUUUUGGUCGUUUACUUGAGGAUUAAGUAAAAAUACGACUACAAUGGUUGUAAUAAGUUAUUUUAAAGCAGGGUUCUGUAGAAGCGGAUUUCUUAUCUAGUAUAUCCUUAUCUCUGUCUGCGCGAUAAACAAGCCUCUGCCGACGCGCACUACCAGUGCGUGUCCAUUCCUUGCAGCAAACAGGUUUAUUGUAGCCUACUAUGAACUUUCUUCACCUAGCGUAUGCUCAUAGAAGUGAAGUAGACGCAAUUAAGUUUUUCUAGCAAAUAUCGAUUUUACAUAAUCCCCGAAAAAAUGCCCGUGGCCACGAUAUGGCUUUAAAUUUAAAACUCGAUAAAGUGGGCUUGUUCUAAACGUGAGUGUCGUGAGUACAAAUAUGUUCCUGUCGACACAUAUUUAACCGGCUUAAGACUCAGAUAUUGUUUUUCAUUUACUGUUGGUCAAAGAAAUGAAGAACAAUAGAAUUUUGUGAACAUGAAUUAGAAAUCAACGAUAACACUACAGUUGAUUGGUGUAAUUAGCCUAUAUGUUGUGCCGACAAUAUUCUACGCAACCCUAUUAAGGGGAGCAGGUCGAUGAAAAUUUAAAAAAAUUAGAAAAAUUUUUUAUUGCAUUUUUUAAUAGUUUAAAGUGUGUAUUUUAAAAAUAUGUAAGUAUUAAUGCUCAAA